CUAAAUAUGGAGAUACAUACGACUGCGUAGAUUUCUACAAACAACGUGCAUUUGAUAACCCAUUAUUGAAGGAUCAUAAUUUUCAUCCUAAGAUGAAACCUACUUUAUCUACAAUCAAGAAAGAUUCAACCUUCUCAUCAACAACUAAUAGGUCAUGGACAAUAUGGUCAAAAGAUGGAGGAUGCCCUUUUGGAACUAUUCCUGUUAAGAGAAUGACAAAAGAUGAUCUUGUAAGAUUAACUCAUAUGCCUCCUCCAGAGGAUGUCACAUUCACCGAUGAAUAUGAUGUUAGCAACAAUAAUAGUAGGCCAAAUGGAAGAUACGUAUCUUCACAAGGAUAUAAGGUUGCAAUAGCUCAAAUUUCAUAUAAUCCACAUAACAAGUUUGCGGGAGCCGGAAUGAGUUCUGCUUUGUACAAUCCUCAAGUUAAUGGACAGCAACACAGUGGAUCUCGACUAAAAAUUCAUAAAGGAUCAGAUAUCUUACAAGCUGGUUGGAGAGUGGACCCAACGUUAUACGGGGAUACUAAAACUAGAUUUUUUAUACAUUUCCAGGUAACUAUCUUUUGUACUGUGGUGAUUUCUCUUUUGAGUUCAUUAAACUAGUACAUCUUUUAGGGUGUGUUUAAUGUGAAUUUAUAAUUUUCUCUGUU